UUUUGUUUUUGCCGUUAUGGCCAUGAGACAAACGACAUCGUUUUCACAUGGAGCAAACAAUUCCCUUUCUUGUGUCUUCGUUGCCUCGUUCUAACUGCAGUUUUCCGGUCACUGCCAGAGCUCAAAUGCUUCUUUUUCGCAAAACAUAUUCAACUUCAACUUCUAAAAUCAGUUGGAGAACCCGAAUCCAGCAAAACCAACUAGUUUCUGAAAUCUCCACUAUUCUACUACAAAGAAACAACUGGAUCCCCCUUCUCCAAAACCUCAAUCUCUCCUCAAAGCUAACACCUUUUCUCUUCUUCCAAAUCCUCCACAAAACUCAAACCCAUGCUCAAAUCUCUCUCAACUUCUUCAACUGGGCCAAAACCAAUCUCAAUUUCAAUCCAGACCUAAAAUCUCAAUGCCAUGUUAUCCAACUUUCUCUUGGGUCGGAUCUUCCCCGAGCCGCAAAGAAAAUCUUGGAUUCUCUGAUAAAGACCUACCCUUCAAAUUUGUUUCUUGAGACCAUGGUUCAAGCUUGUAGGGGUAAAAGUUCUCUCCUUUGUACGUUAAACUUUGUUCUUGAAUUCUAUUCGCACAAGGGUUCGUUUCUUGAGGGUCUAGAGGUGUACAAAAAAAUGAGAGUUAUUGGAUGUACUCCUUCUGUUCAUGCUUGUAAUGUACUUCUUGAUGCUCUGCAAAGAGAAAGUGAGAUAAGAUUAGCUUGGUGUUUUUAUUGUGCCAUGAUUCGAGUAGGCGUUCUGCCAGAUAAGUUUACUUGGUCUUUGGUUGCUCAUAUUCUUUGCAAAGACGGGAACUUCGAGAGAAUUGUAAAAUUGCUAGAUAUGGGUAUUUGUAAUUCAGUUAUGUAUAAUGCUGUUGUUGAUUAUUAUAGUAAAAAUGGGGAUUUUAAAGCUGCAUUUUGUCGCUUAAAUGAGAUGUACGAUAGAAAAGUUGAACCUGGUUUCAGCACCUAUAGCUCCAUACUAGAUGGAGCUUGCAAAUGUAGAAAUUUGCAAGUGAUUGAGAGAGUAGUGGCAAUAAUGGUUGGAAAACAAUUGCUUUCCAAGUGUCCUUCAUCCGAUUAUGAUUCCAUCAUCCAAAAGCUCUGUGAUUUGGGGAAGGUGAGUGCUGCAACAUUGUUUUUCAAGAGAGCUUGUGAUGAGAGGAUUGGGUUGCAAGAUGCUACUUAUGGGCGUAUGCUAAGAGCAUUUUCUAUAGAAGGAAUAUUAGAGGAAGCUAUUGGUUUGUACCAAGUGAUAUUGGAAAGGGGUUUAACGAUAAAAGAUAAUGCUUCUGAUGCAUUUGUAGAUCUUCUUUCUGAGAAAGAUCAGUAUGCAGAGGGAUAUGAAAUUGUGAGGGACAUCAUGAGAAGAGGUUUCAGUCCUUGUACCUCUAGUUUGUCCAAAUAUAUCACAUUGCUGUGCAAGAAACGCAGAUGGAAAGAAGCAGAAGAGCUGUUGUAUAUGGUUCUAGAGAAGGGGUUAUUGCCAGAUACUUUAUCCUUUUGCUCAUUAGUCAAGCAUUAUUGCUCCAGCAAACAGACUGACAAAGCUCUUGCAUUGCAUAAUACGUUGGAGAAACUGCAAGCAAGCCUGGAUAUAACAGCAUAUAAUCUACUCCUUGGUGGGUUAGUGAAAGAAGGGAGAGUUGAAGAAUCAAUUAAAGUAUUUGAUUAUAUGAAAGGACUCAAAUUGGCAAAUAGUGCAAGUUUCACAGUUAUAAUCCGCGGACUCUGCCGUGCAAAGGAACUUAGGAAAGCAAUGAAACUUCAUGAUGAAAUGUUGAAUAUGGGACUUAAACCUGAUAAACCAACAUACAAAAGAUUGAUAUUGGAAUUCAAUUCAAGCAGUAAAAUGUGCUUUUAAUCAAUG